UCGAUGUCAGGCGCAUCACUAAGAACAUUUCUGGAGAGCAACAAAUUCGGAAAAUGGAGUUUAAGAAAAGAACCUCCUUUGAUAAGAACCGUACAAGAGACAACAAACACAAAAGAGAUCUGGAAACUCGCACAAAAACCUGGGGCACGGUCAAGUUCAAGCCGCGGACGUAUAAGUCCAUGAAAACCGCCUUCACACCGCCAGAUCCGCAGGCCACAGCGAAACCAUGGCAGCACGUGAAGAACGAUAUAAUCGACGAUUCGGAGGAGUUGAGCCAUGCCAGCCGCCUGGAUGUGGACAGCAAGGACGCCAGGCAGUUUAUGCAGAAGCGGGAGCAGAACCAUCGGCGGAACAUUAUAGAGACCAGUCGGUCGGUGCCCACAAAGUGGGAAAGCUUCGACGAUGAGCAACAGCAGCCGUCUGCCUCUGCCAAGGGGAAUAAAAAGGAAAAGUCGAGAUUUUGGCAGUGCGACAAGUCCAAGGGCGAGCUGCCAACAGACGCCAAGAACUUCACAUUCAAGGAACGCAACUUUUUUCGCCGAAAACUAACGAUGGGUCUAACGGUGGGUGCAGUAGAUCUGGAUGCGGCCAUCAAGGAUUUGAAGAACAACUACAGCCAGAUGCAGCCAGCAGGCACGAAUAGCUUCAAGGCAAAAAACCGUAAUCCCGCUCAGAAGCGCGGAGGCAAUGGCAUUCAGAAAAGCCAAAGACCCUUCCAGAAAAAGGGUAAGGGAAAAAAUACGAGGGAGGAAUAACAGCUAGCUAUAAUUAAUUUCAAUAAAAAAAUAUAAAAUAAAAUAACAUCUAUCGGAUUUUUAUAGAUAAAACAGUAAAAUGAAUAAGACAAAUUAACCAUAAACUCUAUUUAGAUAUUUGUGGCAAUUUAAAACCUUAGCAGGCGGUUAAAAUUUGGACUAGAAUUUUCCGACCCUAUAAAUCAU